AACUUUAAAACCCGAGCACUCACUGUAAGAAGGAAAUGAAACAGUCAGGCUGCAAAAUGGCAGAAAUUCAGAAGUUACUUCAACAAGAUAUCCCAGCCGAUAGACAAGUUCUGGUGGAAAACUACACAAAACUCCAGCAGGUAGCAGAACACUGUGAAAAUAACUAUGUACAGGCUCAAGACAAGACAAAGGCUCUUCAAGAAACCAAAGCCUACACCACCCAAUCUCUCGCAGGUGUAGUUUAUCAGAUCAAUACGCUGGCUGAGAAAGUGCUUAGACUACUUGACCUACAGGCUUCUGAAAUCUCCAAAAUGGAAUCUUCCAUUAACUGCAUAUCCCAGAGGGUGGAAAUGCACAAGGAAAAAGUGGCCCGUCGGGAGAUUGGAGCAUUUACUGUCAUUAAGACCACACCAAAGAUUACCAAAAUUAUACCUCCUACAAAUCCAAUCCUACGUGUAAAGUACACCAGGAAACCUAUCAUUUACACGGUUCUUGAUGAUGUUGGUCAUGGGGUAAAGGAAAGCAGCAACAAUUCAAGACUGGGAACUCUAACACGGAGGAAUAGACAAGGAAGUAUACCAACGUGUCCGACUGUACCCUCUCAAGGAACUAUAGGAAGACGGGGUAUCUCGCCGGCACCAGUUCAGCCUCCGGUGGUCCCCAGUGCACUCAGCAGCCCCGUGACCAGCUCCCCACCUGCAGAUGGGCCUCAGGUGCUCAGCAGUGAACCCGGCAGAGACAGGAGCAGUUCCAGAGCCAGUGACAUGGUGGUGCCUCCACCUCCACCACCACCACCACCCACCCCGGCAACCUGCGAAACAGAUGGAAUUGGUUUCCCGGAACCAUUGGCUGUGAAUUCAUUGGGGCUGCCCCCUGCCCCUCCUCCUCCACCAGAAGUCACCAGUGAGAUCUACCUCCCUCCUCCUCCCCCCUUAAUGUCUGAUGCUCCCUCAUCAGUCACUGAAUGUCCACCACCACCACCUCCUCCUGACUACAUGCUUGACUUUGAUGAAUGUCCACCCCCUCCGCCUCCCAUAGACUACCUAGAUGACCAUCACUUGGCACCAGCCAACUACAUCGAGAAAGUUGUUGCUCUCUUUGCCUACAACAAAAACUGCGAAGAAGACUUGACUUUCAAAGAAGGAGAAAUUAUCUAUGUCAUCAAGAAGAAUGAGAAUGGAUGGUAUGAAGGCAUCAUCAAUGGAAUAACCGGCUACUUUCCUGAAAACUAUGUACAGCCGAUCGAUUAA